AUGGCGCGCAUUACUGUGCUGCCUGAAAGCGAUGCUAUCGGCGUGGUGGAUGUGCGGGAUUUGCUGGAAGGUCGAGGGCCAUUGCCACCGGUGGAUGCCAAGACCUUGGCCCCCACGGGGCUCAGGAGCUUCGUGGUGCACGAGGAGCCCCGGAUGGUGGCCGUGCCGCAGUUCCUGAGCCCGGAGGAGUGUAGACACCUCUGUGAUCUUGCAGAAGGUGGAUGGAUCCGCUCGCUGGUCGGAAAGUUUGCGGACCCUGCAGCAGGCCAAACGGAUACAGUGGCCACCACGGAAGCGCAGACUAGGACCUCCAGCUCCUGUCCACUGCGUCCGGCCCAAACGACCAUUGUGCAGCGGAUCGAGCAGAGGUUGGCACAGCUCGCCAAGCUCCCAAUAGAGACAUUAGAAAGACUGGUCGUCGUGCGCUACGAGCCCGGCCAGGAGUUUACUGUGCAUCAUGAUGGGAAAUUUCGACCCAUCACCAUCUUUCUCUACUUGAACGAGCUGCCCGACAACUGUGGGGGCGACACCUUUUUCCCACACCUUGGCUUCAGCUUCGUCCCUAGAACAGGCUGUGCUGUGAUGUGGCCCAACGCACAGCCAGAUGGCAAGGAGGACAGCCGCAUGGUUCAUGCUGGGCGGCCUCCCACUGAGGGAGUGAAGUUUGGUGUGAACUGCUUCUUCAAUGUGGAUACCAAACGCUUGGUAACAUCCCCAAGCAUGAACAUGGCCGCCGCCGAAUGCCACCGUGUGGAAGUGGCUCGUUUACAAGAUCAAUUGGUUUGGAUGGACGAGGGCGCCCCGUCAGUGCGACGACGGACCUUCACGUUCAACACUGAAGCGCAGAUCCGGGCGGUUCCGUAUUUUUUGAGUGCUGAAGAGGUCGACAGGCUCCGGAGCGAUGCUGAUCAAACUUCCAAUGGAGGUUCCGAGCCCGGCUUCCAGGGUGCUACAGUUGUCUUGAAGACUUUCCCUUUUGAGGACCCUUCUGUUGACGCUAUUGAGGCCCGUUUGAUCGAUUGGAACGAGUUUGCCCCGGAGAACCUUGGGCAGCUGAAACUUGUUCAUGGCAACACCCAGAUGGGACUGGGCAACCGUGGCUGUGGGCAGAGGUGUGCCAGCAUUUGCCUCUCGGAACAGGUGGAGGUGCACUUUCCACACCUGGGUAUUCUGGUGGCCAUGCGCAGCGGCGAUUUGGUGGAGUGGCCCAAUGCUUGGUUUCAAGAAGAGGCCGGCAGCGACAAGGUGACUGUGGAAGAUGUGAGAACUUCGCAUGUCCAUUUGUCCGACUGCUUGAUGCUGGAUGUCAGCUUCCACGACAAGCAGCGCCCACAGCAUUUGGUGCUGGGUCAAUUUACCAUUGAUGAUUCGACUUACUCCCAUGAGUGGAUGUCGAGAACAGCCAUGCCCCUGAAGCGCAGCGAUAUGACCGCGACCACAGUGGCGGAUGCAAUCUACAUCAUUGGUGGCUGCAGCAACGACCAGGAAUAUAGUGCUGGUGCUGGGAUGUAUUUUUGCACAGGGCUCACUGCGGCCACGCACAAGUACACCCCUGCGGAUGAUUCCUACCAGGCCAUGAAUGAUGCACCGCGGGUGCGCUACCGUCACGCUGCCGCAGCCGUCGGCACCCGCAUCUUCCUGUUUGGAGGUCGCGAUAUUCAUGACUAUCUCAUUCCACAGGUGGAUGUCUUUGACACGGUGGAUGCAAGCUGGAGCACCUUGACCACUGAGAUGCCGAAUGCCAGCUCCGAUCUGUCAGCUUUUGUGCACGAUGGCAAGAUCUAUGUCCUUGGAGGCUACAAUGCCGACUACAGCGCCGCUCUUACUCAAAUGAUGAUCUUUGAUCCCACUGAAGCCGGAAGUGCUGCGUGGAGCCCCUCCUACUCCUUGAACCAGGGACGAGGUGAUGCGGCUUCCGCGAUUGCUUCCGACGUCGCCUUUGCGUUGGGAGGUUUUCAUCACACCAACUGGUCUUAUCCCAUGGGCCAUUUGGAGGUUUUCUUCUUGUCGAAUCCGGAAGGCGGCUGGAAGUCGCGCACCGCCAUGAAGGUGGCCCGGGGCGACAAGGCUGUGGCCGUGCUACACGACAAGCUGCACGUGGUGGGUGGAGAGACCAAGAAUUCACAAGGACAUUCGACUCCAUUGAUGGAUGUGGAGGUCUACGACGUUGGUACAGACACCUGGUACGAAGGAGGCAACAUUCCAUCCCAUCGCUUCCGCUUCGUGGCUGCGGCGCACGCUGAUUCCAUCUACAUCUUUGGAGGACAAGGCGCCCUGAUCGGAUCCCACAACGCUGCGGGGUCCAAAUAUCCCGUGUUGGAUGUGGUGGAUCGCUACAAAGAGACGAUCACCAUUGGCGUGACACCUUGCCAGCGUCGAAAUGCGGGCCUGUUGGAUUUGGAAAUCGGCUUGAGGAUGGGUGGCCUUGGAGAAACCAUCUAUGAACAGCUGUCGAAGCUGGCACAGAUCCGCUUGAACUUGCACGGCCUGCACGGCGGCACACCGGUGAGCACCGACCGUUGGGCAAAGUUCUUGCAGGAUCUGUCGCAGCAUCAGCGUUGGAUUCGGACCUUCUGUGCGCCUGCUGCAGCGCUGAUCGUGCUCUUGGACAUCGAGCUUCAUGUGAUGUCCUUGGUGGAAGUUCCCCGAGUCACAUGUGGCACUUUGGCACGGCUUUCGUUGGUGAAACUCCAGGACUACAAGCAGAUAAAAUUGAGAAUGGAGGAUGAGGACGAUGAGGAUGCGCAUUUCCAUGGCUGGAAAGAGAUCAUCACUGCAGCGGAGCAAACCACUUUUGGUGUUCUCGAUGUGGUGCACCGCUGGGGAAGGCGCUGCCAGCUGCUCAAGGACACCUCACCAGUGGCACUUGCCUGUUGGCAUCCCUUUGAGGCCCCAAUUCCAGGUGCAGAUCAUGUUUGCAUUGCUGGACUUAGUGAGUUGGGAAGAGCUUCGUCCAGUUCCUUCUGGCAUUUCAUGCGUGGCUUCUUCGUGGAGGUCUUCCGGGUACUUCUGAAGCGGUGGAGCCCCCAGCAGAUCCGCUCCUUGCGGCUGCAGUUUGGGGAUCUGACAUAUCCCUGUGAUCAUCGAAACCAUCGAAAUAGCUUCAUGGCCUUCUUUGGCGCAUUGGUGGAGCACCCUGUCACAGUGGAUCCAGGUUGCGAGCUUUCGCGCCAGUGGCACCUUCCGGUGGUGGCGCUGGGCUCCGUCCCGGACAUCGCCCGUGAAGCUGGGGCUGGUGGCAGCUGUGUGCCGAUGCGGAGACAUGUCGUUGGCCUGCUGGGAGGCCAAAGGCGGCAAAAUAUCUUGGUGCAUGUGAAGAGAGGCCCGUCCACAGCUUCGAGACGUCCCACCAAUGCCAUGAUGGUGAGAAGAGCCGCGCAGCAGGUUUGUGGCCAGAGCCGAUUGUCAUGCCGUUUGGACAUGGUCUUGGAAGACUUGUCCUGGGUUGCGCAGCUGAAGCUGCUGUUGCGGAGCAAGGCGAUCGUGGCUUAUCAUGGCAGUGCUGUUGGCGCAGCACAAUUUUGGCUGCGCCCUGGUGCAGUGGUGCUGGAGUUCAUGCCAUCUGGGUGCUGGUGGUGCCUUUUCGCUGUCGCAGCCAACUGCACAUCCUUGACCUGGCUGGUCUCCACCACUGCCGAUGCACCGUUGGCAGAGAUACCAGGCACUUCCCAUCCACUGAUUGGCUGCGGUGGUCACGUUUCGUCCUUCCAGACCUUCGGUGAACGUCGGGACCUGCAGCGCCACGUUGGCCUGCGGGGCUUUCACGUCUUGCGCAAGGUGCUGCGAGGAAGACGUGCUGCCCUGUCACAACGGGAUGUGCAUCGUGCAUGUGGUGGUGCUGCCUUUCAGGUUUACGAGACUCAGCCCAGAGGCUAUGGCAAUGGACUGUCAUGA